AUGGCGUUUAUUAAACAGGAGAGUGAAGAUCUGAGGAUUACAGAAGUGUUCACACUGAAACAAGAAGAUCACGAGGAACAAAUAGUGUAGCUAUACAUGACUACAGAUGUGUAACAAGUGGAUGACAGAGCCAACGUUAGGAUCCAAGUGCAGGUUUAUUCAGUAGUCAAGCAAGCAAGGGUCAACACAGGUGCAAACAGAAGAAUAAAGGCAAAUCCAGAAUCGUAGUCACUAUAACAGGCGAGAGGUCGGAAGGCAGGCAGUGAACAUGGACAGACAAACUUGGCGAGGGUCAAAACACGGAGAAACAAGACUAAGGAAACCGCUUGAAUCGUCACUUUACAGGUCUAAUGAUGGUGAAAGAAGAGACUCAAGAACUUAAUGAAAUGGAGGAAAUAGAUCAGUAUAAGAGACAAGAUUUACGGACUGAUGAAAAAUCAACAGAAGGAGAUCAGGAAACCGAAUAUAAAUUCAAGUGCUGUCACUGUGGGAAGCAUUUAAGACAUAGACAAAACCUUAAAACCCACAUGAGAGUUCACACUGGAGAGAAGCCGUUCACCUGCAAAAAGUGUGGAAAGCAUUUUUCUCGAAAUCAAAACCUUACAGCUCACAUGAGAGUUCACACCGGCGAGAAAGAUUUUACCUGCCAACAAUGUGGAAAGUGUUUCACUCGAAUCCAAAACCUUAAAGUUCACAUGAGAAUUCACACUGGUCUGAAGCCGUUUACUUGCCCAAAAUGUGGAAAGAGUUUCAGUCAAAAGGCACACGUUAUAGACCACAUGAGAGUUCACACUGGAGAGAAGCCUUUCAUCUGCCAAAAGUGUGGAAAGAGUUUCACUAAAAAACAAAACCUUCAUGUUCACAUGAGAAUUCACACUGGAAAGAAGCCUUACACUUGCCCUCAAUGUGACAGGUGUUUUACACAGAAAAGCAGCCUGAAUUGCCACAUGAGAACUCACAAAGGUCUAAUGGUGCUGAAAGAAGAGACUCGAGAACUUAAUGAAAUGGAGGAAGUAGGUCAGCAUAAGAGACACAGUGUAAGGACCACAAAAGGAGUUCAGGAAACCAAAUCUAAUAUGUGCCAUCAAUGUGGGAAGAGUUUCUGUCAUGAAAAGAACCUUAAAAUCCACAUGAGGGUUCACACUGGAGAGAAACCGUUCACCUGCAAACAAUGUGGAAAGGGUUUCAAUCAAAUUCAAAACCUUGAAGUCCACAUGAGAACUCACACUGGAGAGAAGCCUUUCAUUUGUCACAAGUGUGGAAGGGGUUUCAAACAAAUUCAAAACCUUGAAGCUCACAUGAGAGUUCACACUGGAGCGAAGCCUUUCAUUUGUUACAAGUGUGGAAAGGGUUUCACUCAAAAGCAAAACCUUCAAGUUCACAUGAACCUUCACACCGGAGAGAAACGUUUUAAUUGCCAACAAUGUGAGAAAAGUUUCUCUGUAAAACACACUCUUGUAAUGCACAUGAGAGUUCACACUGGAGAAAAACCUUACAUUUGCUCUGGAUGUGGAAAGGCUUUUAAACAGAAAAGCGGCCUUAAUAGCCACAAUAAAACUCACAAACAUUAGAGACCUUUCACCUGGCAACUGUGGAAAAAGUGUCCCUGCAAAACAAGGUAAUUGUUGGACAUGGAUAUUAAUGAGAGAAUAGCUGUGUUUGUGUGCUCUAGGAAGGCUGAAAAACAGCGUUGAUUCGUUUGGAGCCGUGUCUGAGUCCACUAGAUCCGUUCAGAAGUGCACCCAGUUCUGUGAGUUCAUCAACUCCUCCAGACACUAUACGUGGAUGAUGGAAGCUUUCAGUGGUGCUUCAGCAUGAGCCGAGCCCAGUUUGAAAAACUGUUGUACAACAGUGUUGGCAAGAGGAUUUUUCCUAGGACGCCAACAAUAGGUGCUAUGUCAUAAUCAUACCUCUACAAGAGAAAGCUCCUGUUUGGUUAACGUGGCGUGAAUGUCUGCUGAAGUUCAGAUUUUCCAACUUGUCAUGCACAAAACGCUCAACUCAUCAGCUCAUCAAAAUUAUUGUUAUGCGAAGACUUUCAAUCUCCCAACAGCAAUUUAUGAAGUGAUUCAGGAAGAAAACCUCAGCAAUACAGUUUUCUAUUCAAUAUGUCAUGCUCUCGAAAGCUCUGUGUGAUUUCAGCCACGAUUUGGUUGUCUCAGAAAAAUUUGGGAAAUUCUAAAAGAUUCCUGUAAUCCUUGGCAAAAACCUAUGAUUUUUGAUUGUUGGUUUGAUGUGUUCCAACACAUAAUGACCGUUACUAUCAAAUUUUCCCUCAGAGACCAAGAACCAAUAGAAGUGCAGAUUCUGCUGAUGCAAUCAGUACGACAACUUCAAACCACUCAUCUGACAUUGUCUUACAGUAGGGAUCACCAUUUUUGGCCCUGGAGGGCCGGUGUCCCUGUAGAGCAGGGGUGCUCAACCCCUGGAGAUCUACCUUCCUGCAGAGUUUAGCUACAACCCUGAUCAAACAUAACUAAAGCUGCAGUCACACUAGAGUUUGAGCCUGCAAAAUUCUGUCGUACCGCUCUGUGAAAAAGUGUGGGAUUAAACAAGAUGAUUAGACAUUAAAAAAGCGAGCAGUUGCCCCAUGUUUUAAAUUUCUGUCCAGAUAGGUUAUGUUUUGAUCCUCGAUUGGUCUCAUCCCUACUGAAAAAAAAACUGCUUAAACCAGCCUAGGCUGGUUGGCUGGUUUUAGCUGGUCGACCAGCCUGGUUUUUGAGGGGUUUUGGCCAUUUCCAGGCUGGUUUCCAGCCAUUUUCAUCCUGGUCUUAGCUGGUCAGGCUGGGAGAUGACCAGCUAAAACCAGCUUGACCAGACUUGGCAGGCUGGGAGCCCAGUCAAAGCCAGCUAUGUCCAGCUUAAACCAGGCUGGUUUUAGCUGGAUUUAACUGGUCAUUUUCCAGCCUGACCA